AUUAGGGCCAUCUGCUUUGCUGUAUUUUUUUUGUAGGCUUGCCUUUUGCUGUCACAGUAUGAUUAUUGUAUUAUGGAAAAAAAUCCUUCAUGUGUCACACAAGGAUCAAGAGGGAACAAAACUCUUUUGAAUUAUUUCUCUAGACUCACAAAUUGGCAUCCUAGCCUAAUCAUGUAAAGUUAAAAUUAAUUCUACACUAAUUGUUCUCUCCUUUGUACCUGCUGUGAGUGAGGAGGAGAUGCUGCUACACUUCCUGGUGAGCUGGGAGUGUUGAGCAAAUCUUACUUUUCAUAGCAAUUUCUUAAGCAAUUUAGUGCUGCUGAAGUGGAGAGUCCUGGGAUAAUUGGUAUGGAGUUGCUGCAAACAGCAGGAAUGUUCAACAUCUGCAAGGUUUUGGAACAAUUUCAGACUUAAAAACCCUCCCCCUUCAAUUUUCUUAAACCCUGAUCACCAUCUAAUUCUCAUCCAUCAAAACUGGAAAACUACAUUGUGACACGAAGAAAUUGAAGCCAAAGAAGCCUGUGACUGGCUGAGGGCUGCUGGUUUCCCCCAAUAUGCUCAGUUAUUUGAAGACAUGCAGUUUCCUGUCGACAUCAAAACUGUGAGGAAAGAUCAUGAAUUUUUAGAUCGAGAUGCUAUUGAUUCUCUUUACAGACGGUUAAAUACACUGAACAAGUGUGCAGCAAAGAAAGUGGAAAUAAGUCGUCAGAGAAAGCGGAGUGAUGAAUCUGAAGACGAUGAACCUUGUGCAAUAAGUAACAAAUGGGCUUAUGAGAGGUGCAGUCAGAGAUGGUCUCGCCUGGAGAGCGUAGAAGGUUUCCCUGGAAAUGGGUCUAGUGCAUCAGUCCCAGACAGUCCAAGAGUUAAGAGCACUGGUAGUGAGGAGAUAUCCUUUUCAGACCAAGGAGAGAAGCAUGAUGUGUCUUCAAUUCACAGUACUAGCAGUGGGGACAGUGACAUUAUCAGCUUCCCUAAGACUUUUGAGGAUGUUGAGACCAGCACUAGUUCCUCAAGGUGUUCCUCAAGUAAACUGGCCUCUCCUGACUCUACUUUUAGUUGUUCUCCUUCUCCUAGUGAGUUCUUAAACAUCAUCAGCGAGGAGAAGCUUUUGGAUAAGCCACCACAAAAAAAGGGGAAGAGCUUUUUAAAGAAAAUGGAGAAACUGCGCAUAAGGAGUUCCAGUGUAAAGAGAGCGGCUCAGUCAAAGGCCAAACCCACUAUUGGUGAACCUGUUCUUCUGGAGGGACUGGACGAAGAGAAGCUGAAGAACCUUAAUUGUGUAGAUAUUUGUGACCUAUCUGACAGUCAGAUGAAAAAGAAUUCUUCGUGUUCUCCCCACACUUGCAGCAGCAGCAGCCAGUCUGAAACCAGCAGCACAGUGAGCACUCCGAGUCCUGUUAUCAAAGUCAGGAGCUAUGCUAAACGAGGAGGCGUGUAUGCGGAGGACUCCGACUCCAGCAAGCUCUCUCUGUGGAAUGAUGUAUCUGAGCAAAACUUCAAAAAUGAAAUAAAUUUGCAUGCGAACCAAAUGUUUCAUGUACCACAAGGCCAUAAGCCUGGGACUUUCCCCAAAGCACUUACAAACAGUUUCUUAUCUCCCACAGACAAUACUUCUGUGAACUGGAGAACUGGAAGCUUUCAUGGAUGUAGGCGGAACAGAAUUAGAACUAGUUCUAAGGAGUCUGAGACCCCUCUGAGUCCUCUGUCAUAUAUAGAUAACAGACUGAGUAUCUAUGACAAUGUGCCCAGCAUUCCUGUUCAUCUUAAUAAGAUGGAGACACCGGAAGUUAGUGAUGAUGACGUUUUUUCAGAACUAGACAAUGUUAUGGAACAUGUCAAUGGGCUCAGAAAGUUGGUCCAUCAGUGGACUGAGAAGUUCUCAGAUGAUGGAGACUCUGAUUUUGCGAACGACUCAACCUCUUCAUGUCCAUCUUCCCCUAAAGAAAUCCACCUUGAGAUAAAAAAGCAUUCAGAAGAGAAACUGGCAGAUCUACCAGCUGCUGAUGGAAAACAGAACUGCAAGCAUGGCAAUGAGCAUUAUUCCCCAGAACUGACAUAUAUAUCAAAUUCAGAGAUGGGAUCAUCAUCAUCACAUUCCAACAGACAUGAGAGGCGACACUGGUCUACAGAGGAGACUGUAAACUUGGAAAGCCUUUCUGUACAAAUUGAUAACCAGUCAGCAGCCCACCUAAACCGAAUACAGAAACAUGCUUUGUUGAAACUCACUGCAUUAAUGGACAAAUACUCUCCUUCUAGUAAACAGGGCUGGAACUGGACCGUUCCAAAGUUCAUUAGAAAAAUCAGAGCCCCUGACUAUAAGGACAAAAAUGUAUUUGGGGUGCCAUUACUGCUAAAUGUUCAGCGAACAAGCCAUCCGCUUCCAAAGAGCAUUAUCCAGGCCAUGGAGUACUUAAGAAGCCACUUUCUUGACCAGGUUGGCCUGUUCAGAAAAUCAGGUGUUAAAUCUAGGAUCCUUUCUUUAAGGGAAAUGAAUGAAAAUGACCCAAACAAUGUAACGUAUGAAGGGCAGUCAGCGUUUGAUGUGGCAGAUAUGGUAAAGCAGUAUUUCCGAGAUCUUCCUGAGCCUAUAUUCACUAGCAAGCUUUGUGAAUCCUUCCUCCACAUCUAUCAGUAUUUGCCAAAGGAUCAACAGUUUCAUGCAGUCCAGGCUGCCAUUCUUCUGCUCCCAGAUGAAAAUCGAGAAGCUCUGAAAAUUCUUCUGUUCUUUCUCCGAGAUGUAGUUGCUUUUGUUGAAGAAAACCAGAUGACUCCGACCAACAUUGCAGUCUGUCUUGCGCCAUCCUUGUUUCAUCUCAAUACUUUAAGGCGAGAGAGUUCAUCAUCAUCUAGGUCCAGUCAGAGGAAGUACAGCCUGGGAAAACCAGACCAGAGAGAUUUGAGCGAAAAUCUGGCAGCUACCCAAGGCUUGGCCCACAUGAUAAUGGAGUGCAACAGACUCUUCCAGAUGCCCGACUAUUGCCUGGAUCAGUGUUGUGAUGACUUAUAUGAACAGAAUGGCCUGAGUGAAAAGGCUUCUAAUCAGACCACCUCAAUGAGGCACUCCAUGCUGGUUUCCCUUGAGAACUCCAUGCAGGACUUGCUGCGAGAUGCCAAAGAGAAGUUCAAGAGCUGGGUUACUUGUUCAAACUUGGAACGUGUUGAAUUGGCGAACAAAAAGGUGGAAGAUAACUACCACGUCCGGUUAUGGAAGGCAUCCACUGAAAUCAGUGCUGCUCCUAAAGUAAUCCUUCAACGCAUACUGACAGAGCAGCAUCUGUGGGACCCAAGUCUGCAGCAGGCUAAAAUCCUGGAGACCUGGGAUGAUGAAACAGAUGUUUAUAACUAUACAACAGAAAGCAUGUCACCCCUCCUGCCGCGGGAUUAUGUGGUUUUGAGGACUUGGAGGACUGAUCCCCAAAGUGGCACCUGUAUUUUGGCAGCUACCUCCGUUGACAAUGAAGGAGCUACUCUGCAUGGGAUUUUGGCCCAUGUCCUUUUGUGUCAGUAUCUCAUAGAACCAGUUGGCUCCCAGAAAUCCAAAGUGACUCACGUCUGCCGGACAGACACGAGGGGACGAACAACAGAAUGGUACAACAGAGUUUUUGGUCAUAUGUGUGCUGCAGAACUGAUGAGGAUAAAAGACUCCUUCAAACCUCUCAGGAAUGACACAAAGGAAAUGAAAAUCUAAAGCACCUGGUUCUCAACAGAGGCUGGUGCUGAGGCAUGAGCUGCUCCUCUGCUAUCAUUUUAAAAGCUAUAGACUCAAUAGACUUGCCUAUAUUUUAAAACUAAUAAACCAAGAAGUAAUUUGUAAUGGCAUAUAAAUGUAAUGUAAAAUAGUAAUUUUAUAAAGCUGCUUUUUUUUCCAGUUUCAGGAAGCUGUUCUUGAACUGGCUGCACAGAGAUAGCUAAAAGGUCAAAUGUGUGUAUGUGUAUAUAUACAAAGUUAUAAAAUGCAAUUGUUACAUCCAGGAAAGACAAAAUAUGCUGGUUCAAAAUUAUACUUAUAAAGUAAGUUAUUAAACUAAAAACAUGGUAUUUUUCCAAAUACACAUAAGUAUUUUAUAAGAUGUAGACUUUUAUGCAUUCUAGAGUAUUAUGUCUCUUGAAUUUUCUUUUUAUUGAAUAAGGUGGUGGAGAUGUGAAGUUCAUUUUAACCUCUUUACAGUUGAAAAUAGGGCUGAAAACCUAUGCCUUUUACUAGAGGGAGCUAAAUACUUUAGCAUAUCCUGUUAACUCUUGAUACUUCCUUUUUACAUAAUAAAAAUCCAAAUCUGGUGGGGGUGGUUGUUUAAUGUUAUGGGUAGAGUUCCUGCAUUUGAGAGUUGGUGAAGCUUUAGGAAUAUAUUUCAAUUGUUAAAUAAGGGCUAUAAGUCAACCUAACCAAGCUAAAUUCUAAGCAGAAAUUAUGUGACUGGACUAGCAGAAACUUGACCUCAGUCAUAGGCAUUGUGCUUGUCUUCUGAACUACAGUUGUGGUUAAACAUUCCCUGCGUACCUUUAAGCUGCUCAUCAUGGAAGCCAAAAAGUGUGUACACACAGAUAAUUAAGGUGCUACUCCUAGGCUUAAAUGUUUUAUACAGCUGUGGGGUGUGGGGGGGGGGGGGAGAGGUUCAGUCUUUUUUGUUCUUGUAAAACUAACUUGCCCUUGAUUUAUGAUGUCAUAGUUGCAUGUGUGAUUUAGAGUUGCUUAGCUGUAUGCCAUGCACAGUAGCAAUGUUACAUCCUUACACUGAUGGUGAUGUUGGGGUUAUUAGUGUCUUACCAACAGCGCAUAGAAGUUCUGAACAGUGUAUCACCAAUAGAUUUGAGUGCUACACAAGAGCUGGGACACCUGUACAGUAGGCAUAGCAGUCAGGGCCUCUGAGCUAGUGUGGUUGAACAUAACUAGAGUGGUAAAGCACAAGUAGGAACUGAAGAA